AUGGUUGCUCCACGGAUAACCUUGAGUACACGAUAUAUUUUAUCCGAGCUGGAAGAAAUAGAAAGAGAAGAUAACUUUAGACUAAAGCGAUUUAAAGAAUUAAAAACUAAGAAGAAAGGAAAAGAUUCAGUAGAUACAGAUGAAAUCGUUGAUGAAAUGGAAAAUAACAUGUGUAUAUCAGAUGAGGACAAAACGGAUGAGGACACAACAGAUGAGGACAGAACAGACGAGGACAGAACAGAUAAGGACAGAAAAAAUGAGGACAGAACUAAGUUCCCCUCUAAUAUAGAAGAAGGACCACCGUUGCGAUUAAAUACCGAAACAGAAUUGAAUAGCCAUGAAAAUGAGCAAUCAUUAGGUUUAGAAGCAAUUGAUAUACACGGAGAUUCUAAUCAAAACCUAGAUGCAAACAAAUAUGAGGAUAAUAAAAUAGAAGGAACAGCAUCUCAAACUAACAGCAAAAUCAGACGCAGUGACAUAUUGCUGCCC